UAAUGUAAACUCCACGGCAGUUUUUUGCAGUGCGGAGCUGCAGUCAUCAGAAACCUGACGGCGGCCGUCGCUCUGCAGCGCCGGGCCUCCCAGCAGGGGGCGGAGCCUCCAGCCGGAGCCGUUUCCUCCUCCAUGGCUGUGGGACUGGGCGUCUGGAUUCUGCAGGGAGCGGACGCAGAGCGGCUUGUCUGUGACGAGGCAAAUGUUCUCUCCGAUUUCUGUUAAUUCAGUUUCAUUCAGUGUCUGUGAUGCUUUCGGGUUCUGGAGAUUUAUGAAUCUAAAGGGAAUCAUCAGUGCUGAUCCGAGCCGGCCCAAGUUAUACUCCAACACUGACGGUUGGAGGCUCCUGCUGUGCUGCUGUUGAGCCGGGCGCUGAACCUGCACCAGGAAGAGAAAAACCUGAGGGCAGAUCCAUCAUGGAGGGGGGCCGGAGUCUGCUGCUGUGCCUCAUCGUGGCAGCGUGUUUCCAUGGCAACGCCGCCCAGACGACAGUCUGCACCCAAGAGGCCAUAGCUGACCUGGUCUUCCUGGUGGACGGCUCAUGGAGCAUCGGCACCAAGAACUUCAAUCAGAUCCGUCAGUUUCUCUACACGCUGGUCAACAGCUUCGAUGUCAGUCCCGAUCACGUUCGGGUCGGCCUGGUCCAGUACAGCUCCAUGCCACGUACCGAGUUCCAGCUCAACACCUUUCAGGACAAGAAUGAGAUCCUGGAGUACAUCAAGAGCCUACCGUACUUGGGGGGCGAAACCAACACUGGGAAGGGCCUGGACUUCGUACUGAACAAGCACUUUGUGGAGUCAGCUGGGAGCCGCGCGGCGCAGAGAGUGCCGCAGAUCGCCGUGGUCAUCACCGACGGCAAAUCGCAGGACGAGGUGGAGCGCCAUGCGGAGAGGCUGAGGAACAAGGGGAUUAUUCUGUACGCCAUCGGCAUCAAGGACGCGGAUGCAGAUGAGCUGAAGCAGAUAGCUAACCAGCCGCACAGUCAGCACGUCCACAGCGUGUCGGACUUCUCCGCUCUGCAGGGCAUUUCCCAGAACAUCGUCCAGACGCUCUGCACCACAGUGGAGGAGGCCAAGAGACAAGUCCAGCAGAUGUCUCAAGAAUGUGCCGUAGCCAACAUGGCCGACAUCGUCUUUCUGGUCGAUGGCUCUUCCAGCAUUGGCAUCCCCAGCUUUCAGCAAGUUCGGUUGUUUCUCCAAAGUGUUGUCUCCGGUCUUGACAUUGGUCCAGACAAAGUCCGGGUUGGCCUGGCUCAGUACAGCACCAACCCUCACAAAGAGUUUCUGUUGAAGGAGCAUCUGGACGCUCCAUCUCUGAUGACUGCAAUACAGAAAUUUCCCUACCGGGCCGGAGGCACGAAUACCGGCAAGGCCAUAGACUUCCUGAUGUCGGAGUACUUCACGGAGGAGGCAGGCAGCCGAGCGAGUCAGAGAGUGCCUCAGAUUGCCGUGGUCAUCACUGACGGAGACUCGUCCGACAAUGUGACGGACCCGGCCCUGCGACUGCGAGAACAGGGGGUCAUCGUCUUCGCCAUCGGGGUGGGAAAGGCCAAUCUGGAGGAGCUGGAGAACAUCGCUAACCAGCCGUCUCAGCGCUUCCUGUUCACUAUUGACAGCUACGAGGCCCUGCAGAGGCUGACGGGGGGUCUGCUGCAAACCGUCUGUGUCUCCAUGGAGGACCAACGACAAGCUUUGGCAGAGAAGUUUGCAGACAUCUUCUUCCUGGUGGAUGGCGGUAUGACACAAACUCAGUUCCAGCAGGUCAGAACGAUCCUCACCCGACUGGCCAAUCAGGUUAACUUUGGAGCAUCUGCCUAUCGCCUGGGCUUGGCCCAGUAUAGUGAACAAGUGAAGGUGGAGUUUCUCCUCAACCAGCAUCAAACCAGAGAGCAGAUCCAGGCUGCAGUGAAGAGCUUCCAGUAUCUCCGACUUCCACCUGCUGCAAAACGAAACCUGGGCGCCGCCUUGACCUACGCCAGCACUAACUUUUUCACCAAGGAGGCGGGAAGCCGAGCAGAUCAAGGCUACCGACAGUUCCUGGUUGUUAUGAGCGGGAAUGACUCCAGUGAUCAUGUGUUUUUCGGAUCCCGUCAAAUCCAGUCAGAAGCCAUCACUGUGGUGGGGAUGAGCCUCGGAGCGUCCAUGGAGGAGCUGCGCGUGGUCGCCACUGGAGAGCAUGUCUACCGGGUCAACACCACUACUGUUCCUCUGCUCAGACGCAUCUUUGAGACCGAGGAACCCGAGAAGUCUCUGACUCAAGAUUGCAGAGCUGCCAAACUGGCCGAUAUCGUGUUCAUCGUGGACGAGUCAGGAAGCAUCACCGUCCAAAACUUCCAGCUGGUGCGUUCCUUCCUGUACUCGAUCAUCAGCGGCCUGGAAAUUGAUCCAAACAGAGUCCGAGUGGGGAUCGUGUUGUACAACGAGCACCCCACAGCGCAGGUCUACCUCAACACAUUCAAGCAGAAAACCGAACUACUGAACUUCGUCAAAAUCCUGCCUUACCGUGGAGGUGGUACGAACACCGGGGCUGCCCUGAACUUCACACGGGAGAACGUCUUCAUCACAGAGAAAGGGAGCAGGAAGGAUAAAGGUGUGGAGCAGGUGGCUGUAGUGAUCACCGAUGGAGAGUCUCAGGACAACUUGAGCCAGGCAGCAGCUGAGCUUCGGCGUGCCGGAGUCACUGUUUACUCCGUGGGAGUCCAAAAUGCCAAUGAGGAGGAGCUGAGGCAGAUAGCCUCCCACCCUCCACAGAAACACGUCUUCAUGGUGGACAGCUUCGCCAGACUGAAAUCGCUGGAACAGUACCUGCAGAAAACUCUGUGCUACAACAUCAUCCGCCAGGCGGUGUCAGUCAGCGCAAGAAGAUCCGGCAUCAGAGAAGGCUGCGUCCAAACAGAUGAAGCUGAGAUCUUCUUCCUCAUCGACCACUCAGGAAGUAUUUACCCGUCUGAUUUUCAAGACAUGAAGAAGUUCAUCCUUGAGUUUAUCAACAUUUUUCGUAUUGGACCACAACAUAUCCGCAUAGGAGUCGCAAAAUAUGCAGAUUUGCCAGAACUGGAAUUUGAUCUGACGACCCAUUCGGAUCAGGAGACGCUGAAGAAAGCAGUGGAGGAGAUCGGACAGGUGGGAGGCGGCACAAAGACUGGGAAAGCUCUGGAGUUCAUGGGUCCGCUCUUUAAAAGAGCCAUGGUGACCCGCGGUCACAAAGUUUCUGAGUACCUGGUGGUCAUCACUGACGGAGAGUCUGCAGAUGAGGUCAAGGCUCCUGCAGAGGCUCUGAGGGCGCAGGGCGUGAUCACCUACGCCAUCGGGGUGAAGGACGCUGUUGUGAGAGAACUGGAAGAGAUUUCUGGCAACCCAAAGAGGAUGUUCUUUGUUAACAAUUUUGAUGCUCUCAAUCCAAUCAAGGACGAUAUUAUCACUGACAUCUGUACCACAGACGUUUGUAAAGAUGUACCAGGUGACCUGCUGUUCCUCAUCGACAGCUCUGGAAGUAUCCACCCAGACGACUACAACAAAAUGAAGGACUUCAUGAAAUCUGUCAUCAGCACAUCUUUUGUUGGCAGGAAUAAGGUUCAUGUCGGUGUGAUGCAGUUCAGCAGGAGCCAGAAGCCCGAGUUCUCCCUCAUUGAGCACUUCACCAAAAAUGACAUGAUAGUGGCCAUUGACAGCAUGACACAGAUGGGCGGAGGAACGAACACCGGCGCAGCCAUCUCAGCGGUGUCCCAGCUCUUCGAUCCAGCCAGAGGAGGACGCCCAGACCUGCCACAGAGGCUGGUGGUGAUUACUGAUGGCGAGGCUCAAGACGACGUCAAAGCUCCUGCUGAGGCGCUGAGGGCCAAGAGGGUUGUGGUCUACGCCAUUGGAGUGAUGGAGGCCAACACCACCCAGCUGCUUGAGAUCAGCGGCUCUGCAGAGAGGAUGUACGCUGAGAGGGACUUCGAUGCUCUGAAGGAUCUGGAGAGACAGCUGUCCCUGGAUCUGUGUGAUCCAGAGAGAGACUGCAAGAAGACGGAACAGGCAGACAUCAUCUUCCUGGUGGACGGCUCCACCAGCAUCACCCUGGACAAGUUCAGAAGCAUGCAGAAGUUCAUGCAGUCCAUGGUGAACCAAACCAUGGUGGGCAAAGACCUGACUCGCUUUGGCGUCAUCCUCUACUCCACCUUCCCCAAGUCUGUCUUCACUCUGAGUCAGUACAGCUCCAGACAAGAGGUUUUUAAGGCCAUAACAGCCCUGAGGUCCUUGCUGGGAGACACCUACACUGGACGGGCCCUGACGUAUUCGUUGCAGUUCUUCGGUGCUGAGCAUGGGGGCCGGGCGGCGCUGAAGGUGCCUCAGAUCCUCAUGGUAAUCACCGACGGAGACGCUACCGACCACUACAGCCUGGUUGAGCCGUCUGCGGCGCUCAGGAACGCAGGAGUCAACGUGUUCACUAUCGGGGUGGAAGGAGCCAACGUGACCCAGCUGGAGAUCAUGGCUGGUAACGAUCGGUCCAAGGUUUUCUACGUGGACAAUUUCAAAGCCCUGGAAACCCUCUACAAGAACAUCAGCCAGGUGCUCUGCAACUCCACCAAGCCAGUUUGUGAGAAGCAGCAGGCUGACCUGGUUUUCCUCGUCGACCAGUCUGGCAGCAUCAGCUCCAACGAUUACUCCAUCAUGAAGAACUUCACCAUUCAACUGGUGAACAGCUUUAAAGUCGGUGAGGAUUUGGUUCGCGUUGGACUCGCCCAGUUCAGUAGCAGCUUCCAGCAUGAGUUUUACCUCAACCGGUUCUACCAGGAGACGGAGGUAUCUGCCCACAUCUUCAACAUGAGGCAUAAGGGUGGAGGCACCAACAUUGGACUGGCUCUGGACUCCAUCAGGGAAUAUUUUGAAGUUUCUCGCGGCAGCCGGAGAUCUUCAGGAAUCUCACAGAAUCUGGUCCUGAUCACGGACGGAGAUUCACAGGAUGAGGUGGAGCAGCCGGCCGAUCGUCUCAGAGCCCUGGGGAUUGAGAUGUUCGCCAUCGGCGUUGGCGACGUCCACGACCUGCAGCUGCUGCAGAUCACCAAAGACCCCAGGAAGAUGUUCACAGUGCAGAACUUUGGCAGCCUGGAUGCAAUCAAACAGAAGGUAGUGGACACCAUCUGCAAGUCCAAACCUUCAACAGACCAGCCUGACUGCUCCAUCGACAUCGCCAUGGGCUUCGAUAUCUCUCGGCGAAGCGGCGAGACUUUGGUGAGCAGCCAGAGCAAACUCCAGGCCUUCCUGCCUGAGAUCGCCCGCUACGUUUCCUCAGUGCCACGCCUGUGCUGCACCAACAGCGCCAUCACCCCCAGCUUGGCCUACCGCCUGGUGGCCAGGGACGGCCGCAUCCUGGACGACUUCAAAUUUGAGGCCUACAACGAGGACGUGGUGAGGAAGGUCAUGACCUCCAGUCUGAGGGAGCCCACGUUCUUCAACUCGGCCCUGCUGCGGUCCUUCGAGGCGAAGUUCAGGGCCGAGUCCAGAACCGGCGUGAAGGUGCUGGUGAUCUUCUCAGACGGACUCGAUGAAGACGUGAUUACUCUGGAGAACGAAUCUGAGAGGCUGCGGCAGUCGGGGGUCAGCGCGCUGCUCGUCGUAGCCCUGGAGGACGUGCGUAACGCCGCCCAGCUGCAGAUGGUGGAGUUCGGCCGAGGGUUCGGAUACAAACUUCCUCUGACCAUCGGAAUGCCGAGCGUCGGGAGCGCCGUCCUCAAACAGAUCGACUCGGUGUCGAACAGGGAGUGCUGCAACAUCAUGUGCAAAUGUUCAGGACCAGAAGGAGUCCGAGGCUCCCGGGGCCGCUCGGGGUCAAAGGGCGUCCGGGGACAGAACGGUUACCCAGGAUUCCCUGGAGACGAGGGCGGCGCCGGCGAGCGUGGCGUUUCCGGGCCCAACGGACCUCCAGGCGUCCAGGGCUGCCCCGGACUCAGAGGACAGAAGGGCGGGCGCGGCCUGCGCGGGAACCGGGGGGAAGACGGAGAGGACGGGCUGAACGGGAUCAAUGGGGAACAGGGAGAAACGGGAAAAGAUGGAGCUGGAGGAGAGAGAGGACAUCCUGGAAACCCGGGCAUCCCUGGAAUCAGAGGGGAGCGUGGGCCGGAAGGACAGCGAGGACUGAGAGGAGACCCGGGCGAGCCAGGCGGUGACAACACGUCUCCAGGAGCCAAAGGAGAGGCCGGAUACCCAGGAUUACCGGGCGCUCCAGGAGAGGACGGACUGCAAGGAGAGUCCGGCAUCGUGGGAUACCCGGGUCAGGAUGGGAGGCGAGGGAAUCCGGGUCAGAAGGGCUCGACCGGACCGUCCGGUUCUCCAGGUCCAAAUGGACCUCCAGGUGCUGCCGGGCCCCAGGGGCCCCACGGCAUCCAGGGCCCACCCGGACCCAGAGGAGUGCCGGGCCUGACCGGACCUCAGGGCGCGGCGGGGCCGAUGGGAGAGGCCGGGCUGGUGGGGCGGCGUGGAGCGGGCGGACCCAAGGGCCAACCAGGAGAUCCAGGAGGUCCUGGAGUUCCAGGACCGCAGGGACCCAGAGGAGCUCCGGGUCCGGACGGCAGAGACGGGAUCGGACCUCCGGGUCCCAGCGGUGCCAAGGGAGAUCCUGGUUUCCCCGGUUACCCUGGCCUGACGGGCGAGGACGGGCUGCAGGGGACCAAGGGAGAGCCGGGUCGCAAGGGGAACCGAGGCCGAGCGGGGAACGCGGGCCGGACCGGAGCGCCGGGAACGCCUGGAGAGCCGGGACAUUCCGGACAUAGGGGAUCCAGAGGUCCACCUGGAUUUAGUUCUCUGUCUGAGUGUCAGCUGAUCACCUACAUUCGGGACAACUGUGCGUGUUCCUUCGGUGAGGCAGGCUGCCCGGCCUUCCCCACAGAGCUGGUCUUCGGCCUGGACAUGUCCGACGGCGUGACGCCGGCCGCCUUCGAGAGGCAGCGCUCCGCCCUGCUGUCGCUGCUGGACGACAUCGAUGUGACGGAGAGCAACUGUCCGCGAGGCGCCCGCGUCGCCGUGGUGGGAUUCAGCAGCUACUCCAAGUACCUGAUCCGCUUUCAGGACUACCGGCAGAAGGCCCAGCUGAGGGAGGCGGUGCAGAACAUCGCCCUGGAGAAGACGUCCAACAAGCCUCAGCUCGGCGCCGCCAUGCGCUUCGUGGGUCACAACGUCUUCAAGCGCGUGCGGGCCGGAACGCUGCUGAGGAAGGUGGCGGUUUUCUUUUCUGCCAGCCGUUCGGAGGACGUCGACGACGUUCUGACGGCGGUGAUGGAGUACCGCGCCAUGAACAUCGUCCCCGCCGUCAUUUCUCUGACCAGAGCUGCUGGGAUUCAGAACGCCGUGGAGGUCGACGAUUCGGGCAGCUCCGUCUUCACGCUGCUGACGAGGCAGGAGAACCUGGAAGCCGACCUGAGGAGGAUCAGGAGUUGUGCAAUCUGCUACGACCCCUGCAGACGCUCCUCAGACUGCUCCUUCAUCCUGGACCCGCCGGCCCCCCUGCAGGCCGAACUGGACCUGGCUCUGGUACUGGACGGCUCCAGGGAGGUUCAGGCGGACCAAUACGCCGGCGCUCAGCAGCUGAUGGCCUCUGUGGUGGAGCAGCUGGCCAUCAGCGCUCAGCCCCGCCGGCCCGGCGCCCAGGCCCGGGUGGCGGCGCUGCAGGGCGACAGGCUGGAGUUCGGCCCGCAGACCUACCAGAACCGGGACGGGAUGAAGACCCACCUGCUGGCGGCGCGGCAGCAGAGCGGCUCCUCGGCGCUGAGCCGCACGCUGGACUUGGCCCUGAAAGAGGCGCUGCCGCCGCAGGCCGGCCAGCCGCCGGUCAGCCUGUGUCCAGUUCGAGUGAAAGGAGGAGCGCUGAGGUCAACAGGCCAGCGUGAAUUCAGUGAGUUUGGAUUUUGUUUCAGACGUUCGCAGCAGAUAACAGCAGCUCCUGUUUCCUCCUGUCAGGCUGACGAUUCAGGAAACUCUGUGUUCGCUCUGCUGAGGAGGCAGCAGGACCUGGACCGGAUCAGGACGUGUGUCCUCUGCUCCGACCCCUGCAGACGCUCCUCAGACUGCUCCUUCAUCCUGGACCCGCCGGCCCCCCUGCAGGCCGAACUGGACCUGGCUCUGGUUCUGGACGGCUCCAGGGAGGUUCAGGCGGACCAAUACGCCGGCGCUCAGCAGCUGAUGGCCUCUGUGGUGGAGCAGCUGGCCAUCAGCGCUCAGCCCCGCCGGCCCGGCGCCCAGGCCCGGGUGGCGGCGCUGCAGGGCGACAGGCUGGAGUUCGGCCCGCAGACCUACCAGAACCGGGACGGGAUGAAGACCCACCUGCUGGCGGCGCGGCAGCAGAGCGGCUCCUCGGCGCUGAGCCGCACGCUGGACUUGGCCCUGAAGGAGGCGCUGCCGCCGCAGGCCGGCCAGCCGCGCAGGAAGAGGGCGCUGCUGGCCGUGGUGGCGGCCCGGACGGCCCGGCUGGACGGCGCCGCGCUGCGCCGCGCCGUCCUCAGGGCCCGCUGCGACGGCGUGGCCGUGUUCGUGGUGGCGGUGGGCGGACGCUACGACCAGACGCAGGUGGAGGAGCUGGCCGGCCUCCCGGUCCGGCAGCACCUGGUCCACGUCCACCGGCUGCAGGCCGAGGAGCGCGGCCACGUCCUGCGCUUCUUCAGGGUCUUCCUGUCCGCUCUCAACAGAGGUCUGAACGUUUAUCCUCCUCCGUCUCUCAGAGCGACCUGCAGCCAGCGGAGGGAGUCAGACGACCUGCUGACCGGGUAACUUCCUCUUCAUCAUCGGGAUGAAGAACCACCAGCAUGUUCAGGAACAGACCAAACAAAAACAGUUUUUAUGUUCAGAGUUAGAAAAAUCUACAAAACUGCUUCUACAUCCAUGAUGGAGGAUAAAGAAAACUAAAUUAGUAUGAGAAUAGUGUCAGUGACAUCAUGAUGACAUCACACAACAACAUAGUUUUAAUAACAUGAGAGUAAAAUCAUAACAGAAUAAAGUCGUGGCUUUAUGAGAACUCCACCAGAUUCCUGUCAGAGUGACGCCUCCUGUUGCUGCUAUCCUGUUGGCUUUGAUGAGCUGGUCCCAGUGUUCCCAGUAUUCCCAGUGGUCCCAGU